CAGUAAAUCAAAAACAAUCAUUGACGAUCAACGUAAGAUGAAGAAAACAGAGGACAAGGAGACAUCCUCACAAUAUGGACGUGAGUUCCACAAAAAUUCAGAUGAACUCGUGACCACAUGUGGUGUAGAAAGUGGUAUAACUAUUUUAGAAUCCUCGGAAAAUGCGGUUUUAAACCUAGAUGGGCACCUGCCCAAGAACAACCCUCUACUGGAGCUCACCAAUAAGAAUGAUGGUGAGCUGCUCUGCCUACUGAUGGGGGAGCAAGAGAGUGGGAGCCUAAAUAAUGAUCAGAUGGCUGCAGAAGGGAUUGGCUGGUGGACUAAACUGAUGGAUGAGAUGAGCCGUGAAGAGUUCCAGCAAUUCUAUGCUGCGCUUCGGAUUUUCCGAGGGAGGGUGUACACUCAAGUACAACAAAGGCACAAAAUUAGGGAUUCUAAUUCUACAGAAACGAGCACCUCUAAUAGAGGAACUAAUGCUAGGGUUAAGCGUAGCCAUAGACGCUGAUCUUUUUUUUCUUUUUCUUUUUUUACAAUAAAAUAUUGUAAUUUUC